CAUUAGUGUGAAGGUGGUGCGAAGUGCGAAACUGUGAACUGUGAAUUUAGGAUUACUUACAUCUAUCUAUUGUGCUGAUUCUGUAAGACACAUAACAUUUUUGCUGUUUUUUUCGUCUUAGUCAAAAUUCAUGUUUUUCCAUCACUGACGAUUUCUCAGUACUUGUUAAAUUUAAUAAAACUAAGCAUGUCUAGUGCCGAUCGAAUUGAUUUUGAAAUGGAGGUAGAAGUGGAGAGUGCUUCAUCAGGACCGCCGAUAGAUUUGCCAAAUCCGACAUCCCCAGCUCCUCCUGCCACUGGAAAUACCAAGAGCGUGGUUGUAACUACUGCUACAUCAGGCUCAGUUACAGUAUCUCUCCACCCGCUGGUUAUAAUGAAUGUCUCUGAGCAUUGGACGAGGUUACGAGCACAGGAAGGUUCACCACAGACAGUUAUUGGAGCUCUCAUUGGCAAACAAAAGGGCCGGAACAUAGAAGUGAUGAACUCUUUCGAAUUGGUUUUUAGUGUUAUCGAUGGUGAUAUUGUUAUAGACAGAGAUUACUACAAUUUAAAGGAAGAACAAUUUAAACAAGUGUUCUCUGACAUGGACUUUCUGGGCUGGUACACAACUGGAGACACUCCCACUGAAAGGGACAUUGCAGUUCACAGACAAAUUUGUGAUAUAAAUGAGUGUCCAGUGAUGCUAAUGCUAAAUCCAGCUGGCAUUAAAGGAGAUCAACUACCAGUGGUGCUGUAUGAGUCAGUUAUUGACGUAGUCAAUGGUCGAGCGACCAUGCUUCUUGCACCUCUGUCAUACACCUUGGCAGCAGAGGAGGCAGAGAGGAUCGGCGUUGAUCAUGUUGCUAGGGUGUCUUCUGGCGAAGCAGCGCUUAACAGCUUGGUGGCAGAACACCUAACAGCUCAACGGUCGGCUAUUAAAAUGCUAGUUUCGCGUGUACGAGCGGUGUUGGCCACAGUGCGUGCAAUACGCGAUGGCAGUCUUCCUCCCAGACCUGCGCUGCUGAGAGAGGCAAAAGCCCUAUCGAACAGACUCCCCCUGCUAACCUCACAACAGUUCCGCACACACUUCUAUAAUCAAUGCAACGACGUUGCCCUCAUGACCUCCUUGGGUACGAUCACAAAGGGCUGCAACGCUAUCAAUCAGCUCGUCAACCGUUUCAACGUGCUGUACGACAGGCAGGGCAUGGGCCGUCGCAUGAGAGGACUCUUCUUUUAGGGCGGACGAUAAUAUGAGACAAGUCACUCUCCAGCAUUAAAUACAGUCAGUCAUAAUGGCAUAGGAUGUAUGGAAGUAAAGAAUUUCGACUUUAAAGUUAUAGGUAAAUACUUUUAAAGAAACUGGCUUUCACACACAUCUCUCGGUAUACUGGGUGCCUGCAGUGGC